AUGGAAGCACUAUUUUGUUGUAUCAGACUCCCAAACUCCUCCCCAAAUCCUCCCCCAACCCCUCCCCCAACUCCAUUCCACCCCAACUCCUCCCCAACGUCUCCUCAAACUCCUCCCCCAACCCCUCUCCCUCCCUUCUUCCCAACUCCUCCCCAACCCCUCCUCCAACUCCUCCCCAACCCCUCCUCCAACUCCUCCCUAACUCCUCCCCAACUCCUCCCCCAACCCCUUCCCCAACCCCUCCCCAACUCCUCCCCAACCCCUCCCCAACUCCUCCCCCAACCCCUCCCCAACUCCUCCCCAACUCCUCCCCCAAACCCUCCCCCAACUCCUCCCCAACUCCUCCCCAACCCCUCCCCCAACUCAAUUCCACCCCAACUCCUCCCCAACGUCUCCUCCAACUCCUCCCCGCACCCCUCUACCUCCCCUCUUCCCAACCCUUCCCAACCCCUCCCCAACCCCUCUCCCUCCCUUCUUCCCAACUCCUCCCCAACCCCUCCUCCAACUCCUCCCCAACCCCUCCUCCAACUCCUCCCCAACUCCUCCCCCAACCCCUCCCCAACCCCUCCCCAACUCCUCCCCAACUCCUCCCCCAACCCCUUCCCCAACCCCUCCCCAACUCCUCCCCAACCCCUCCCCAACUCCUCCCCCAACCCCUCCCCAACUCCUCCCCAACUCCUCCCCCAAACCCUCCCCCAACUCCUCCCCAACUCCUCCCCAACCCCUCCCCCAACUCAAUUCCACCCCAACUCCUCCCCAACGUCUCCUCCAACUCCUCCCCGCACCCCUCUACCUCCCCUCUUCCCAACCCUUCCCAACCCCUCCCCAACCCCUCUCCCUCCCCUCUUCUCAACCCCUUCCCAACCCCUCCCCAACAGUGUGUUUUCACUUGUAUCUCGUAUUUGA